AUGAAGAGGCGGCGGGGGAGGCCGCGCAAGGCGUCGAGGGGCCGCCACGAGACCGGCCGCCGCAAACCCCGAGGCCAGUCCCCGGACCGCGGGCCGUCGCGGCCGUCGCCGGGCCGCACAGGGCCGCCUGAGGUGUUUGAGAAGCUGUGGGUGCCCUGGAAUGGGCUCGUCGUGGUCGGAAAGAGAAUGGAGCUCCUGGGUAGAAACACGCAGAAGCCGAAGCUGGAGGCUGACGACUGGAGGCUGGAGGGCGUGGAAAGGACGGCCUCGAGAGACCAGCCAGGCCUGACCCAGGAGAGGCAGGAUUUGACGCCCGUGCGCCGCGUCUCCAGUGCCCUGCAGGCCCGCGCGGGCCUGGGGAGGGACAGUUCACAGGGGAAGGGGGAAACGCCAGAGGUCAAACACAGAACUGGGGCAGAAUCCGAGAGCGCAGGGACGUUAGCAGGGCCUAGGAAGGGCCACAAGGCCAAGGAGAGGUUGAAGUUUGUUGAGGCGGUGGAAUUCCGUGGAGAGGACUUGAGAGCGUCAGUAUUUACAAUAAAGCAGGAGGGGGAGAUGCUGAGGCCAAAUGGGAAGAAGCUGAGUUUGAGUGGAGAGAGUUUGAGGUUGAGUGGAGAGAAGCUGAGUUUAGGUGAAGACAAGCUGAGGUUGAGUGGAGAGAAGCUGAGGUUGAGUGGAGAGAACCUGGGGUUGAGUGGAGAGAAGCUGAGUUUAGGUGAAGACAAGCUGAGGUUGAGUGGAGAGAAGCUGAGUUUAGGUGAAGACAAGCUGAGGUUGAGUGGAGAGAAGCUGAGGUUGAGUGGAGAGAAGCUGAGGUUGAGCGGAGAGAAGCUGAGGUUGAGCAGAGAGAAGCUGGUGUCCAGCCGGGAGAACCCGCCUACCAGUGGAGAGAUGGUGACAGCCGGUGUAGAGACACAGGAGUCGGGUGGAGAGAGGCAGUUGUCAUUGGGAAGAGAGAGGCGGGAGUCCUGGGAAGAGAGGCGGGGGUCUAAGGGGAUUAGGAGAGAGAGACAGGGGUCCUUGGCAGAAAAGGUGCUGUUUAAGGGAGACAGGCGAGGAUCCAAGGGAGGGAAGUUGGGGCUUAGGGGAGAGAAGCAGACGGCCACGGAGGAGAAGAGAGGCAGCAGUGACGAGAGGGGGCGCUUAAGAAUGGGGAGCAUAGAUGAGGAGCAGGUGGAAAGAGUGGUAGAAUUUACCAGUGAUGGAAAGUUCGUAGCUGCUGACGAUACGGAGACGGAAAUUCUGGCUGACAGGACUGAGGAGAAGGAUGAACCUGGGGGGAUGGCAGAUGCAGUGAAAGCUGAGGAGGUGGCGGAAGUUAAGGAAGAGGUGGAAGCCUAGGAGGAGGGCUGGAAGCUGAGGAGGGCGUCUUGCCUGGAGGGAAAGACGCUCCGGGUGAAUCUGCCUCUGUGGAAGAGAGAGAGGCUACAGAUGAAGAGCCUGGUGAUUGACGCAGAUAAAGGAUUAAAGCUAAAGAAGGGAAGAGAAGCAGGUGGGGUGGUAUUGCAGGUCCAAGAGGAGAAAUCAGAGCCAAACAGAACAUUAUUGAUCCUGAAGGGGCAAAGAGAGCAAAGGCGAGCCUGUGUGCCAGAGAAGUAGGGGUGGGCGUGGAGACCCACGAGGGAUAAAAGUGGACCAAGGAAGUGAAGAGAGUGACGGAGAGUGCCGCGGGACCCCUGGAGGAGGAAGGAAAGAUUGGAUAAUGUGUACCAGGCAGAGGAAAACUGGGUACCGGUUACUUGGGGAAGAGCCGUGACUGAGGCCCCUGUGGGGAAAAGUGUGAGGCGUGGCUUUAGCGUGCGCUGGGAGCCUCGGGUCUGACGGUGACUGAGUGUGUGAGCCGGGGGAGGAUGCAGUGAGAAAGAGGGAAAGUCACAGCAAGAUAAAGGAGCGACAAUACGGGCUGGGGGCGGACCUGCAGGCCGAGGCCAGCGAAGGAGACCCUGGAGAAGAACGGGGCACUCAACGCGGAAAAGCCAGAAAACGGGAAGAAAAAACUUCAUUUAGGUCAAACACCAAACAUCAUCUAAUGACUUCUAGAGAAAGUAAUCAUGGAGGCCAACUUUGUGACACCUCAUCUGUCUGAAAGCAGAUUUUCCUCUCAUAUUUGAUUGCUGGUUUCCCUGGCAAUGGAACGGUCUGUCUUCCCGACAUCGUCCACUCCUGGCCUCGCUGCUGACUCAGUACUGAGCAGGCCCGAGAUCAAGACCAGGAGUGCUGGGGCCGGCCCGGGGCACACUGCAGGGCGUGCCAACAACAAGCUGCGCCAUCGGAUUCGUUCUGUGCCCAGAUCGCGUUUUCUCCCAGGAUCAGAUCAGCAGGUGCGUUCCACUGAGGCCGCAGGAAAGGUGGCAACCAGACAUCGAGACAAGUGCAGAUAUAUCCAGUAAGUGCAGAUAUAUCCAGUCAGCUGGGGCCCUAGAACUUUCUAUAUGUAUAAAACCAAAAUGCUCACAGGGAAUUGAGGG